AAGUAUUAAACAAAACUUAAAGACGAGGCUUAAUGCUUAUCGCUUCAUUAACCGCUUAACAGUUGGCGCCUAGCAAAACACAACCCAACCCAACCUCUGUAGAUCCAAAAAUUGCCACUUACGCACAGGAAAGAAGACAUGUACUCAAAUUUUAUAUGUUUGCCUUAUGUAUAAGCGGCUUUUGUAGGCAAGCUUACUGAAUUGAAGACAGUUUAUAUGUUUAUUCGUCAGAGGAGGCAGUAUGAAUGCAAUUUGGGAUAUAUGAAUAAGUUUUUAUUCUGAUUUUAAUUUGGAAUCCUAGCCGAAGAGAGAAAGUGCCUGAUCCUGGUUGGUGUGUGUAAUUUCAAUGGGGAAUAAUGUGAGGGAAGUAAUGGAACUUGAUUUAAAUUCAGAACCUGUGGAGCCUCCUAAUGGUUCAAUGUCGGGGUUAGGAUCUUUACUGAAUGAACUGGAAACAGCCCAUGGUCGCAUCGAAGAACGCAUUAGACAACUUGAAGCGGUCACCUCCAGGGCUAGGCAACGCCAGAGGUGGAGGAUCGGUCAAAGUAAUCCUCAAAUGGUGAACAUAUAUCGGGAAAAUAAUGUGUCUAAUGUUCAUGGGGAGGUUGGUAUUGAUUCUGCAGAAAGGAUAGUUGAGAAUGGAAUAAUGGACAAAAGAGAUGCCAGCCAUUUGAUAGCAAAGGCAUUGGCUGUGGAUACAGAUACUAAGCAGGUGGAAAGUGACCGUGGGGCAUUAUUUGACUGUAAUAUUUGCUUGCAUAGCGCAAGAGAUCCUAUAUUGACCUGUUGUGGUCACUUGUUUUGUUGGCUAUGCUUCUAUCAAGUACCAUAUAUUUAUUCAUAUUUGAAGGAAUGUCCUGUAUGUAAUGGAGAUGUGAAAGAUUCAAGUAUUAUUCCAAUAUAUGGUAAUGGGGACAAUGAUAAUGCCCGUAAGACAAAGUUUAGGGAGUGUUUGCAGAUCCCUCCCAGGCCCCAAGCACCCAGGAUUGAGAGUAAGAGGCAACAGCUUAUUAAUCGGGGAGCAUUUUCUUCUCCUAUCGGGGUAAGAAUUCAACAAGUUAGCAACGUAAUUGAUGCACUGGGGGAGCAAACUAGGUCUGCAGACGUUGAUGGUGUGCACAUGACCAGUGAAAGAACCAAUUUGUUGGGCCCUCAAUAUUCUACUCCACCGGUAUUGUCCAGCACGGAGACAGAGGCAAACGAGUAUCAUCGUUCAGUUCAAGUUUCGAGAUUGUUAUCUCAAGGAGCUGCUUCAUUUUCUUCCCUCUCAUCUGCAUUAAAUCUUGCAAUGGAUUCUGCAGAAAGACUAGUUGAGGACCUUGAAGCAUAUAUUAACGGUAAUCACGUUGGAAGAAGCCAGCAAGAAUCUUCGCAUGUUGAUAGAGAUUCAUUUUCUAGCAUUGCCGCUGUUGUUCAGCUUGAAAGCCAAUCUAUGGAUACUGCUGCUGAAAUUGAAUCUGCAGUACCCCCUUCUGGUUCACCCUUAAGAGCUGAUGCCCCUGGUAAUGUGGUCCAGUUGGAAAGUGAGACAACAGAUGCUGCCUUAGAAGUCAGUUCAACAAUGGUCCCUUCUUCAUCUUCUGGGAGGACUGUAAGUCAAAGAGUAUUAGAUGUGAACAAUGGAGUUUCCCGUGAGCGUAGAAGGAGAAGGUUGAGAUGA